ACUACCUACUACAGUUACAAUUACGGCGGCGCGUCGCCGCACAACACCAAGCGUCCUUCAUUCACCCUCGUACCUGAUGAGUGUUCACACGAAAUGAGUUUCCUGCAGAAGGUAAUGGGGCGGAAGCCCAAAAAAGCCCCGGCGCUGCCCGACGCCAUCCAGCGCCUCAAGGGCACGGAGGAGAUCCUCCUGAAACGCCAGUCCUACCUGGAGGAGAAAAUCAAACGGGAAGUGGCCACGGCGAAGAAGAACGCCUCCACGAACAAAAAAGUUGCCUUACAAGCCCUCCAGAGGAAGAAGCGCUACGAGAAGCAGCUGCAGCAGGUGGACGGGGCCCUAACCACGCUGGAGACGCAGAGGGACGUCUUGGAGAACGCCAACACCAACACUCUGGCGCUGGACUCGAUGCAGAGGGCGUCCAAAGCGCUCAAGGCCGUCCACAAAGACAUAGACGUGGAUAAGGUUGACCAGAUUUUGGAGGAUUUGGCGGAGCAGAGGGAGGUUAGUGAUGAGAUAGCGGACGCGAUUGGGCAGCCGGUGGGGUUCAACGACGGGGAUUUGGAUGAGGACGAGCUGGAGAGGGAGCUGGAGGAGCUAACCGAGGGGUUGGAGGAGUUUUCGGUCGAGGAGGAUUUGCCGUCUGUGCCUGUGAACGACGUCCGGAUUGGCGAGAAAAAAGGGAAGGAGAAGGAGAAGCGGAAGGUUUUGGCGGCGUCUUAGUACCAAGGACCACGGAUAUUUUUGGAUGUUUUUAGAUGAGAGGCUUUUAUUGUUUGUUAUAUUUUCAUACGGCUUUAUGCUUUAUACUCGUUGAGAAAGCUCCGUUGUGAUUGUACUGCGUACACUUUUAGAAUAUUUUUUAUAAGCAAUAAAUGAAGUGAAAUUGA